CUAGCCGCGAAGAUCAGUGUCCACCAUUGUUCACUGGAGCUAGCUAGCUACUAAGUGAUCAAGCCAGUACGUACGUACGCACGUACAAGAGAUGAAAAGGGGCGGGAGGAACGAGAGCGGUAAGCAGCUUGUGAGCGGAGGAGGAGCGGCCGCCGUGUGUCUUCUGCUGCUUCCUCUCGUCGUCCUCGCCGUGCUCAAGUCCGACUUCAUGCCGCAGCAGGUUAUUCACAUUGCAGAGACCAGCAUUGGCGAAGCUGGUGUAGAGGGUGCAAUAUGGCAGCCGCGGCAACAACUAGUAGCCAAGUCAAAAGCUGCACAUGAUCCGGUCGUCGAAGCACCCCCUUCUCCGGCGUCGGGCGACGAGACGUCCGACAAGGUCGUCGAUGCAAACAGAGCUCUCAAAAAUGGGAAGGGGUUCCUGGCCACGAACGUGGGAAUGGAUGGCUCUUUGGUAAAAUCAGAUGCUGAUGUAGCCGCAGCAAGGAGCAAGUUAAGUUGCAACUUCAGCAGUUAUCGCACGAACAUGUGUGCCAUGCAAGGUGACGUCCGUCUGCACGGCAAAGCCGCCACCGUCUACGUGGUCUCAGCCUCCGACGACAACCGGCCAGACAAUGGGACGAUCACGAUCCGGCCGUACCCGCGCAAAUGGGAGACACCGACGAUGCAGCUGGUCCGUGAGGUGACCAUCCGUUGGAGAGCCCCACCGGGACCGGGUGCGCCACGGUGCACGGUGACCUACGACGUCCCAGCGGUGGUCUUCUCCACCGGUGGCUACGGCGUCAACAUCUUCCACGCCAUUACCGACAUCAUCAUGCCUCUCUACAACACGGCGCGGGAGUACGAUGGCCGCGUCCGGCUCGUGGCCACUAACUACGACCGCAAAUGGAUCGCCAAGUACCGCCACGCCCUCUCCAUGCUCUCCAUCUACCCCAUCAUCGACUUCGACGCCGACAACGAGGUGCGCUGCUUCCCGUCGGUGCAUGUCGGGACGGAGAGCCAUAAGGAGCUAGGGAUUGACUCGGCUCUCUCCGGCAAGGGCUACACGAUGCUGGGCUUCCGGGGCCUGCUCCGGUCGGCUUACUCUCUGAAGCGUGAGUGGGUGACCCCCAAGAACCGUGUCAGACCUCGUCUCGUCAUGGUGCUGCGAAGGAACUCGAGGGCGCUGACGAACGAGGCGCAAGUUCUGGCAGCUGCCACCGAGGUUGGCUUUGAGGUGGUGGCUGCGGGGCCGGAGGUGGUGCGCGACCUGGCCAAGUUCGCGCAGACGGUGAACUCGUGCGACGUGUUGGUGGGCGUGCACGGUGCGGGGCUCAGCAACAUGGUGUUCCUCCCGCGCAACGGCACGGUGGUGCAGAUCGUCCCUUGGGGCGAGAUGAAGUGGCCGGCCUGGACCUCCUACGGCGAGCCGGUGGCUCCCAUGGGGCUUCGCUACGUCGAGUACGAGACCACCGCCGAGGAGACCACGCUCAAGUACGUGUACCAGAGGAACCACACCGUCUUCACCGAUCCGGUCUCCCUACACAAACAGGGAUUCAACAUGUUGUGGGAGACCUUCCUCAACGGGCAGAACGUCACCCUCGACGUCGACCGCUUCAGAGGGGUCCUGCAACACAUCUACCGCUCCGUUACCAUCACAUGAGUAGAUUAUUACGUCCCAGGUUUUUUUUAAAAUGUAAUAACACGUCGAUUCCAUA